CUCCAGUAUCAGGCUAUAUGGUUGCACAAGUCAUUAUUUAACUCUCAAUACACAAAAACGGCUUUCUUCUGAAAUAAUGAACGAUGUUGAAAAAUAUGUUGCAGAAGCUCUGUCGUAUAUUUCACCUAUGUAUCGAAAACUGUUUGUUUUACACAUGCUGUUUGGAAGCUCCGACAGUGUAUCCUAUGCUGUCUAUUCUGAAUUACGGAAAAAGUUCUUCGGUGAAAGUACAACUCUGAAUGAAGUUCACUCCAAAUUACACAUGCCAUGGAAUCUAAGUUCGAAGAUACAAGCGUUCGUCGAAAAACCCGACAAAAAGAUUUCUAAAAAAAAUGAAAUGACUUCAAAUGAACUAAAAAGCACAACAUCGCUGUUUCGAGUGGAUCCAAAGUUUUUAAGAUUUACACUGGUACCAGUUCCUGUAUGCCCAAUUCAAAUGAAAAAUCAUCUACCGAAUGAAUCUCUCACUGAGAAACAAGAAUUGGCUUCCAGAGGGCUGGAGAUCAGUAAUACUGGUGCUUGUAAUCAUAAUUCUGUCGAACAUCCUAAUGAAUUACAUGAAUGGGAUAGUUUAAUCCAAAAAUCAUGGGAGUCAGUAUCCAGUAAAAUACGUCAAGCAUAUUCUAAAAUCAAAAUACGUUAUGUAUUAAUGCGUGAAAGGAAUAUUUACUGUGGACCAUUUAGCAUUUAUGUGCUGUUAGAAAGACAUCCAAACAGUCCAUUGUGUAAAAGGCGAGUGAUUCAUGCAGAUAACAAAAAUCCUUGGUUAGCUCAUUGUGAGGGAAGUGCUCAACAGCGAACUAUUAAAUUCUUAGAUAUUUCAAUCAAAUCAUUCCGUGAGGAUCAAUCGACUAAGUCUACUACAAAAUGUAAUAAUAAUAAUCAGUACAUUGGGACAUCAGAUUUCAUGGCACAUCUUAAUCGUGUUUGGUUAACUGGACACGCUGGAAGUGUACGCACCCUAUGGUUAGAUACUCACCUGCAAUUGUUACUCUCAGGCAGUUAUGAUACAAGUAUACGUUUAUGGAAUUUAUCAGAGACAAGUUAUCAACAACAACAACCGGGUGUCAAUGCGAAUAUGCCUAUGAAGAAUCCAGUUAGCUUUAGAAAUAGUCGAUCAAAGUGUAUACGUAUAUUUCGUGGUCAUACAGAUACUGUACUGUGUAUAUGGUUAGAUAAAAGCAAGUUAUGGCCUAAAACAAAUUUAUUGACAACAAAGUCAAGACGACCGCAUACAUGUUACAAUUCAAUCAAGUAUAAUGAUGAAAGCAAAAAUGCUGAUAAAAGCUUUAAAAAGGAUGAAAUUCAAGGUACAUAUCAGUUUGCAAGUGGUUCAGUGGAUUGUACAUGUUGUGUAUGGAGAUUAGAUGAACGUAAACCGAUAUGGACAAUGAAACAUGCUAGUGCAGUUACUGCAGUCGGCUUAAGAGGAUUUAUCUGCACAACUGGUGAACGUAAUGGACGUGUCAAUGUCUGGAGAAUAGGCAUUAAUAAACCAACUUUAUUGAAGACACUAAAUGAUCAUACUGAGUGUAUUACAGCCCUAAGAUUUGAUAGUUAUCAUUUGGUUACAUCAUCGAAAGAUAAAUCUGUUAAAAUAUGGUCUAUAAUCGGGGAGUUCACUGAUUGCUUGGGAACACUAAUACAUACUGGUGAAGUAUUAUGUGUUGAAUUAAUUGACUUACGAAUUAUAACUGGAUGUUCAGAUGGUCGUAUACGUGUAUGGAAUCUGUUAACACAACAUUGUCAAAGAAUUUUACCCGGGAAUUAUCGUCAUGAUCCAAUUAUAAGUUUAAUGCCUUUAGAAAAUCGACUAAUUGUCAAUACACAGCAUAAUAUACUGGCAUUUAAUUUUGAUCCUGUCAAUUGGGAAUAUCAUGAAUCGGCUAGAGAUAAAGCAGAGGAAUACUGGUUGAAAGGAAUAAUGACUAGUAAUGCCAAUAAUCGAAAUAAUAAUAAUAAUAAUAAUAAUAAUGAAGUCAUCAGAUCAUCUAGUCAACACGAUUCACACUCUUCACAAACUAAACUGACUUAUGCUGAGUCAAGAUAUUUCAGAUCACGUCUGAUCGGUUCUGCGGAUCCAAGAUUCUUCAGACAGCCAACUGGUGUACCGAUGAAGGAUAAAUCAGCUUCUCGUCGAUCUUUGAGUGCUCAGUCGAAAUUGAGUAAAACAAGUUCAGUAGUGUCACAGUCAUCCGAGAAGUCGAAUUCAAUAUCACCACGUUUUUCACGAGAUAAAGCUAAAUCGAGACAAUUCGAAUUUUUAAUUUCACCACCUAUACCAGGAACUUAUGCGGCGAAACAUAGAGUUGAAAAACGUCCCAAGUCAGCAUUAGCUGUUACUAAAGCAUUAAAACAAAUGGACCACGAAAAAGUGACAACUGAACAACAAUCUAAGGUAGCAAGAAAAUCAUUUUCUAAUCUAAAUUUAUUCAAUAAAACAAAUAAAGAGAAAUUACUAUCGUCAUCAUCAAUGAACGACGGCUCUAAUGAACAGAAGAGAAAAGACAACAAACUAAUUCAUCAUAAAAUAUUGUCAACAACCCAGUAUUAUUUUCAAUCUUCUCAAGAGAUUAAACAAUUCAAGUUGAAUUUACUAAAGCAAAUUCAUAAUUUAAAAAGAAAUCAACUCAACACCUCAAAAACUGAUCAAAAUUUUCUCAAGGAUACUUAUACGAAAUUAAAUUUAAAUCAUGAAAGUUUGUUGGCGAAGUGUAACAGGACUCGUGGCGAUAGAGUGUUUGACAGUAGUCCUUUCGGUGUUAGUGAUAACGACAACAGCGCUGAUGGUGAUAAACACCUAGAACAAUUAUUCGAUCUAUUAGAGUAUGAUUUUGAACAAGCGCAUAGAAAUAGUCAAAGUAUAAAAAGGUUACGGCCAAAAUCAGCACCUGAAGUUAGCAUGGGAUUGAUGCCAGCCAAUGAAGCACGUUCGAUAUUCUCUCAGUCGAAUGUUAGACUGGAAGAUUUCAGUGAUAAAGAUAAGCAGACGAUUGAUCUUAAUUCAAUUCAAUUGCCGAAGCCUCUUAUCGCUGUCAUGGCACCACAGAAGAAACAUUUACUGUUAUUAUGA